ACAGGCUGUGGGGGGCUAGAAUGGAUCCUAGACCCGAGAUGGAGGAAAUGUUGGCUGAACAUGCUGCAAUGAAGGGCGUGAAGGUCCACAAGCUCAGAGACCUGUUCCUCAACCACAACGUGUGCUGGCAGCUCCUCGCCAUCCUCAUCACUUUCACAGCUCUGUGGCAUCAAUGCCGUGAAUGAAGACAAAGAGCCAACACGUCACCCGCACCUGUUCAAUCUGACAGAUAUUGAAAUGAGAAUGCUUGUUUUGUCAAUACAUGCCAUAUGCCACAGUGUCUGUUUAGGAAACGGGCUUAAUGAUUUUGCACAGAGUAAUUUACUUUCCCCCCCAUAGCAAGUAAAUCAGAUCUUUAUGCAGCUUUUUAGUCCUCUUUUUGCAGUUUCACAGCCAUUAUUUUGGUCACUCAUCAGAUAAGAUGAACAAUGAAGCCUGUAUAUUCAGUGUUGGUAAUGUUUCUGCAGGUCUGUCUCUAUUUAUGUGAUGUGUUUCAAGCAGCCAGUGUUCCCAAGGAGUAAUUGCGUUAUGCCGCCCUAGGGACAGGCCUAUGUGAAAUCUCCACCUCCAUUGCCUGUUUGAGUCUCUUUCUACUGUAUGACUCUGUUCCAAAACCUAGUGAGCUGCCUACAUAGGCAGCAUUUUAAAGCUGAAGUACGUAGUUUCUGUACAACUAGCGCCACUUGGAAUUGCUAAAAUAAUGAUACAUAAAUAGAUAAAAAAUUGUCUAAUUUAUCCAAUAUUUAUGUGUACUAUGUAUUUUUAUGCUUACAAGAGUAUUUCGUUGUUAACUUUGCAACAUGCUAAUGGCAGUUUUUUAUUUUUUUAAAUCAGUUGUUAGGCAUGUGUCCUGUACACUAUUUGUAUUUCACACGGAGUUGCUGCCUAUGUAGAGCAUUUCAUAUUAGUCACUUAUGAGGUUCCAUUUCAAUUAGAAGUGCUGUUCACAGGGCCUGGGUAGCUCAGCGAGUAUCGACGCUGACUACCACCCCUGGAGUCGCGAGUUUGAAUCCAGUGUGUGCCGAGUGACUCCAGCCAGGUCUCCUAAUUAACCAAAUUAGGGGUUCUCGUGCGUGGAGAGUAGCAUGAGCCUCCACAUGCUGGGAGUCUCCGUGGUGUCAUGCAACAACGAGCCACAUGAUAAGAUGCGCGGAUUGACGGUCUCAGAAGUGGAGGCAACUGAGACUUGUCCUCCGCCACCCGGAUUGACGAGUUUGUAACCUGGAUGCCAUAUUGCAUCUUCCUUAUCUUCAUCAUCAUCUCUAGUGGGCCAGCUGGGGUGAUAGCACCCCUUUCUGGUGAGAUUUUCACACAGAGCUUCACACAUAAACCACCAGCGUUCACCGUGGCCUGUACCCUCAACUGGGGUGGACUCUUCCUGGUGGGCAUGUUGUUUCCUCUCAUAGUGGAGCAUUUGGACUACUUUUGUUUCCUCAUCUUUUGUGUGGUCUGCUGCUUCUCAGGUGUGUUUGUUUUAUACAACAUGCCAGAAACAAAGAAUAAAACUGUUUUGGAGAUCACAGAGGACUUUAAGAGAAUGCACCAGAAACCCAGACACUCACUACUGUCCAAACUGAGCUCAGUACAUAUCAAUGACAUCCAGACCACCAUAUCUACCAAGCUUUAGCACCAAUGUAAUGUCAUGUAAUGUAACCAAAUCAGAAGUAGACCAAUAAUAAGUGAAUAUACCUUCAAUAAUUAUUACUGUUUUUUAUGAUUGUGUGGUUUGUUUGACUCUCUUGUUGGGGGCAUCAAGUUUGCAAAAACAACCCAAAAUCCAA